AGAGCGCGUGAAGCUGGUGCGCGCGCGACUAUCAGUCGGCGCUCGCGCGAGGUUUUGGGGCGGAAAAAAAAAAAAAAAAGGCUCGCGGGCUGUGAGGCGGAGAGCAUCCGCAGAGUUUACACCGACCCGACCGGAAGGACGCGCGGCUUCAGGUUUGACCCAUGUAGCCACUCAGCUCUUUCGCGGAGCCUCAAUGGCUUCUUUGGAUUUACCGGUCUGUGAUGAGUUCGAAGCGCAGCGGCAUUUUAUCCAACAAACAAACGAAUUAUUCUGGACCAACUGGACUGAAAACAUCAAAUUAAGGCAUGUUGCCUUCACCCCAGGUGUGUUUGUCCACCCUGGUGACGGUGAGCACGAUGGCUGUGCUUGACCUCUAUCUCCUGGAACAGAGCAUGCUGGGGCGUGGAAGUAGGGCUUGGCCAGCUGCAUGGGCAUGCACAGCUGUGGCGCUUGGCGACCUGGGCUUCCUACUGGCGCUUCGUUUUGUGUCGGCUGGCGUGGCGUCAGAGGCACGUUCCUCGAGACGUGCCUUUGCCAGCGCUCUCUGGUUCCUGUUUCUGUCCUUACUGGAGCUCAAGCUUUUCUUUGUGUGCCAGAACUACAGGCAUGAACGGCGGCCCGCUGACCCAUUGGCGCGCAAGACCCUCACUCUCCUGCUCUCCGUGGGGCUUCCUUCACUCUUCCUGGUUCUGACAGGAGCUGAGCAUGUGACGCCGGCACACAGGAAGCAGGAAGUUCGUUCCAGGCUCCUUUGGGUGGCGCUAGACCUGCUAGAUGUGCUGGACCUACAAGCUGGUCUGUGGGAGGAGGCUCAGGGUGGUGCAGUGGUGCCAUUAUGGGUUGAUGGUGUUGUCUUCUUCUACUGCUAUGUGCUACUGCUUCUCUUGCCCUGUGUCUCACUCACCGAGCUGGCACUUCCAGGCCUGAGGCGAGCACGCAGGGAAGCUGUGUACCCGUGGCUCAGUCUGUUUGCCAUCAACGUGAUGACGCUGGGGCUCAGGGCUGUGGGUGUACUCUGGUACAGGGACCCAAGGAUAUCCACAGUGUUUGUGGGGAAGAAUGUGCUGGCACUGGCUGUCAAGCUUAGAUCAGCUUGGGAUAUGCACAGGAACGGUAGCGGUGGGGAACAGGGAGAAGGGGGUGAGGGUGGCGGGAGGAACCGAAGCAUGGGGAUGGAUGCAGAGCAAGUGGAGCAAGGGCAGGGUGGCACAACUGCAUCCACUCGGGACCACACACUCUUGCGCACUCAUGGACAAAGCCAUAUAAGGCUGGAUCAUGCUGACAGCUCUCUGGGAUCAGCCUACAUUUCGCAGGAGCUUUAGAUGGACAGACAGAUCAGCCACUGUAGAUAAGCAACAAUGACGGACUUAAUUUUUGGUUACUAGUCAUCUCUUUGGUCUGGGUUUCGGCCAGAAACAAGUAAUAACUCAUCUGCUGAGCACGUGUUCUACAAUGGAGGAUUGCAUUCUGAUCCUGUUGAAUUCAUCAUCAUAUGACGAGUCAUUUCUGCUAUCCGGUGCCUUUUCUAUCACUGAAAAUCUCAUUUAACUGCCAAAAAGCUUUUCGACUGCUUUCCAUGUUUAUAAACAAAAGAAAAAACACCAUAAUUAAUACAAAAUUUUACUGUGUGCACACGUCUUUUUUUUUUUUUUUAAUUAACUUUUACCACUUUUCUGGUGAGUUAUGCAGAUGGCAUUUUGUCUGUUCCCAACAUUCAUUCCCACCAUGGUAGUGUCAUGUUUUUGGUUUAAAAAAUAAAUAAGCAAAAAUAAAUAAGAGAAACACCCCCCCCCCCUUCAUCUUUAUCAUCACAUUUGGUGAGUGAGUGAAUUUUCUAUGCUGGUGAAGUACCAACUCUCCUCUUCAUUUUUAAUAUUGCAGUGCUUUUCAUGACAUUCUGCAAGUUCCCAUCAUACACGGUUUACCCUGUCCGCCCGCGUUGUUUUAUACGUUUCAUUGUCUGUGCUUCCUAACAGCGAGGAAUAUACAU